AUGCAGGAGUUCUGGACUACUCGAGUUGUGCUUGUCCUGCUCCUGAUUGCGGUCUGCGACUUCUGCAACAGGAGCUUGUUCCGGUACAAAGAUGCCAGAGCAGACUGGGCAACCGGGGGUUACCUGGAGCCGCACGGACUCUGUGGAGAGGAGAGUAAAUGCGUCUUGCAUCCCGAAGAUGCAGGUCUGGCGGCCUCUAACUUCGUCAUUUCGCAAGAACGGCCUUCGGGCUUUCGGUAUUCCAUGCUGGAUGAUGGCUACAACUUGACGGUGGUGAGCGGGCAAAUGGAAGCCAGGUGUCGCAUGACCUCAAUGGCACAUCAGCUUGUCAGUGCAGCGAACGGAUCACAGCACGGGCUGCGGACUCAACCACACUUUGUGCUGCACUUCUCUUGCCAGCCACUCGGCAGUUCUGCCAAUGCCGUGGUCAGCGUCGCCCUUUUAAUCCCCAUCACUGCUGCCUCCGAUCUCGAGUGCACAGUGCUUCCGUGGAUAUGCACGCUUGACCCUAUUGCUUUCAAUCUGGAAUGCACCAGCACAACGACGACUUCGACAACCGCGACCUCUACAAGUACAACAUUGAGCCUCAGCCGGACGUCAACACUGUCAACACACACCGCAACUCUGAAAACCUCAGGCAACUUCGCACAGUAUCUAGACUUCGAAUACACUUCCCCUUCUCGAAAAUGUGGAGGGGAGCGGAGCGAGCGGAGCUACUCGAAGGUGCGCCCAAUGACCAAACAGGAAUGUGUGCACAGCUGCAUUGUCGAUGCUCCCCAAUGCCGUGCCUUCAAGUUCACUCUCGGCAACGGUGCCCAACCACGGUGCUGGCUGUACAGUGAGACAGCCGAUGUCGACCCGGGGCCCAACGACCAGGACUGCUACGAGGUUCAGCACACGUUUCCAGUUCUCGCAAACGCGCGGCGGCUGGGAGAACAGUGGGAUCUGGUGAAACAGGUUCAAGAAGCGCUGUCUGGAAUAGUUGAUGGUGUCCCGGGGCCAAGUAGUACGACAGCCACACUGUCCACCUCAACCGUCACCAUGACCAGCAUCACCAUCACGACAAUCACUACCACCACGACGAGCAACACUGCCACGGGCACCACCAGGACCGCCACAACGACAAGCCUUACCACAACAAGCCGUACAACGACAAGCAGAACAACAUCCGGUACUAUGAGCAGCACGACCAGCACUACAACCACCAAGAGCAGCACAACCAGCACUACAGCCACCAUGACCAGCACAACCAGCACCACCACGACCUUGUUAAGAACAUCGAUCUCUUUGGCCAACUUGCUCCAGCCCAGUAGUGGUAGAGACCAUUGUGAUGAGCUGGUUAUUGACGAUCCCAGUGACAGGGACGUGUUUUGGGAUUCAGCUGCGGCGACGGCAAAUGGUGGAGACGGAUUCCUGGUGUACCAGCUGCCAUCACAAUUCCACACAUGCCCCCGAGAUGUGGAGAUGCUUCGAACCAUGUUGACUGUGAACAUCUCCGUGCAGAAGUGCGAGAAGUGUAGCGCAGCAAAGCUUAGAACUGACAGCACCUGCAGCCCGGACUACUGUAACGAGCACUUCAGCAACUCCGAGACGGAGGAUGUUUGGAAACUCCUCUUGGUCUUUUUCGCGCACUGCGUUGCAGGCCACAUGGUGCAGUGGUACUGCAUCAAGCACGCCUGGACCAGGGUCGUGCGCAUUGUGGAAGACAUCAUUUCAGGUUGUCUGGGGCUUGCCUGUUUCCAUCCACAGAUGCAGGGUUACCACAACCUGGAAAAUCUUAGAGAGGGUGUGGAGCUUUCAGAUAAUUCGAGAGAUCAUGCGAUUACCCAGAGAACCGGCAGCCCCUUCCAUACGCCCAUGCCGGAAGCAAGCCAGCGUGCUUUGGAGCAACAUCUGAUCCCGGAGGCAGUGCGAUGUGAUCCUGCCACCAUUCACGGUUUGAUUCGCGAGGAGAGGUUGCAAGGCUGCUCAAAAGAAACGCUUGUCGCCCUGACAGACAUUGGGCCACUCUGGGACGAGCUUCAUAUAGAUAGCCGGCAAGAAAGUGCCAAGUUGGCCGGCAUUAGAUUGUUGUCAUGUCUCAGCCUGGUCACCUUGGUGCUUAGCCUUGGGUGCCUUCGGUACGCACGCUGGCUGGUCUUUCCACUGUUUUGGGGUCAGAUGUUUCCAACAUGUCUUCUCGCUGUAGGGUGUCUCUUCUGCCUCUCUCUGUAUGCGUGGCUGAAGUGUGGCACCAUGUUCAGUAGGGGCGAUGACUUGGAAGCGAAGCAGGCCUUGCUACAGGAGCUGGCAGAGAUCGAGUUGGAUCGCAUGUGUCUCCCGCAUCACUGCAUCCCCAGUUGCGGCAGCAAGCUUCAAGUCCUUGCUGAGCUGGUGAAGAAAGGCCUCCUUGGAAAGGAUGGCUGCUUGGUCAAGAAAGGCGAUGUCGAGAUUUAUGCACACGACAUCAUGUUGGCACUUGUAGCAAGCGACGGCCUCGUAUUCAAUGAUGUUGGCUACAGCAGAACAAGCACAGACACCGAUGGUUCCCAGAGGUACUCCUUUAUCUGGGGUGAAAGAGACCCAUACGUACCAUACAAGGAGCACGUAGCAAAAGGCGGGAAACGUGGGGAACAGUUUCUGGAGCUGGCACAGGCUGCCUGUGGAAGCAAUGGCGAGGCUGUUGGUCACUUCCUUUACCUGCUGAGCCAAGAUCAUGCGCUCUUCGAAAACAUCUGUCAGUUGCCGGAGAAGCGGCCAAAAGAGAGAGCCAGAUACAAGCAAAUUUGCAAGCUAGCAGUCCUGAACUCUCCAGAGUCGAUUUUCCACAUCGAGAAGUAUGCAGAGGGUUCCGCGCACUUGUCACCUGUUGGUCCUGUUGUCGAUGAAGGAACUUGGCAAGAAUGUCAACUCAUAGCACAAAGUAGGAAAAGCCACGUCCUGUGGCUGCUACACAAGCACAGGAUGUGGAUGUGUUCCAUGCUGAUUCUGAUGAUUGCCGUGAUUUGCUGGCUUGGGAUUGCCAUGGUCAAGUGGCAAUACAGUUGCCCUUUCGCCAAGUUUGUCUUAUGCAGGAGGAUUCCAUCUGUCGCACUCUCCGCUUUCAUGGCUGUUCUGGUGGCUGGGGCGUACUACAUACACAGCAUUCGAUCCUUCAUCCCAAACGACAUCACUUCCAGCCCGCGCUUGUUCCACAAGCUUGAGCUGGCAUUUCAGGACAUCUUGGGGCAAGAUGCCGGACACCUGAUACCGUAUGCGUUCUUCCCCAGGAUAUUGAUCACUGUGCCGCUGGCCUGCAUCUUGUGCAGCUGGACGUACCACAUCCAUCGCAGCGAGAUUUCCGGUGCCUGUGAGUUCUCCAGCCUUGCUCCGCCGAGCUUGGAUGCGAAAGGCAUGAACAAUGUCAAGGACGCUUUUCAGCUUGCGUUUGCUGGGGCGGCGGCGAUUCCGGCAGUUCAAUGGACGGUCAGAAGCUCUGCUUCAGCCGCAAUGACGCGGCUGGCCGCAACAGGUACUUGCUUGGAGAGCGAAGCAGAAGGUUCAUCCAGAGGGAUUGCGCUGAUUCCGACAACUCUCCCUGCCGGCGAGUCCUGA